UUGGACGGGAGGUUCGGGUGAUUGUGGGCAUCAGCCAGGAACUAGACGGUUGAUAGACUGCAAAAGCUUAAAUCCUCCAUUUAAACGGCAGGCGCCGAAUGAAGCACUAAAGGAAAUUUCACCGGUCCAUUUCCAGCGUGCUGAACAAGUCCACGUUCUGCUCGGUGCAGUAAACGGUGGCCAGUUGCUGCAGAAACGGGCAUUAAAAAGGGAGGGGUUUCAAAUGGGGAAACCCUGACCUCACCUAAAGAUCUGAGUGGAUCACAGUUCAUCAGAAUUUGAAUAAUCUUGGUCUUUGAAGGUGAAAGAAAAGAAAUGUUAAUGGUUCUGUCUGUCAGAAAAGAAUUCAAAACAUCAGUUUGACUGGGAAAGCACGGAAUACAUACCCAACUGGUGUCUAUCAAAAGAAGGUCAACCUGUAUCCUCAAACCAUUCCUGUGCUCUGUGUGGUUCUAGCUUCUACCGAUCAUCCAGUCUGGGGAGAGACAUGGACACCUGCACUGUGGAGAAGCUGUGGAAAUGUGGGGAUUGUGACAAGGGAUUCAGUUACCAAUCCGAGCUGGAUAUUCACUUACACAGUCACACCAGGGAAAGGCCGUUCACCUGCUCUGUGUGUGGAAAGGGAUUCACUCACUCGUCUCAACUUGAUGAUCACCAAUUUAUUCAUGCCAACCCGAUUCCCCUUAAAUGUCCUGCUUGUGAGAAGAACUUUAAAAGCACCAAUCAUUUGCUGAAUCAGCAGUAUAGUGACUCCAGGGAGAGGCCAUUCAUGUGCUCUGUCUGUGGGGACAGAUUCACUAAAUCAUCCCAUCUUCUGACACACCAGCACACUCACACUGGGGAGAAGCCCUUUACCUGCUCAUUCUGUGGGAAGGGAUUUACUCUGUCGUUCCAUCUACUGAGGCACCAGUAUACUCACGCCGGGGAGAGGCCAUUCACCUGCUUCAUGUGUGAAGAGGCAUUCGCUCACUCAUCUGCUCUCCAAGCACACCAGUUAACGCAUGAUGAGGAAUGUCUAUUUAUAUGUCCUGACUGUGGGAAAAGCUUCAGAACUUCUGAGAUACUAAUUAGGCACCAGCUCUUGCAUGCUGAUGAGGGACCAUUCAGUUGCUGUUACCCUGGGAAGAGGUUCAGACAGUCGUUUAAGGUGAUUGCUCACCACUAUACUCAGGCUAUGGAGGGAACACUUACCUGUUCUGUAUCUGGCAAAGAAGUUGCUCAGUUACCCCACUUUGCGAGACCGCAGUACACUCCCACUGGGAAGAGGCAACACGCAGUCACUGUGUGUGAAAAGAACGAUGCUCAGUCAUCCCAGCUGUUGGCACAGCAAUACACUCAAAAUGGGUAUAGUCAAUUCACCGACUCCAUGCCUGAAAAGGAAUUCACCCAGUCUUCUCAUGCUCGCAGAGAGGGCAGGCUGUUUAUCUGCUCUGUAUGUGGAAAGGGAUUCACUCAGAGGUCCAACCUGCUGAAGCACCAGCAGGUUCACUCUGAAUACAGACCAUAUAAAUGUUCUGACUGCAGGAGGAGCUUUAAAAGCAAACAGGAAGUGCUAAAACACCGACGUAUUCAUACAGGGGAGAGGCCUUUCACCUGCUCUGUGUGUGGGAAGGGAUUCCCAUGGUCGUCCCAACUCCUGACACACUUGCGUGUUCAUACGGGAGAGAGGCCUUUUACCUGUGCUGUGUGUGGAAAAGGAUUCACCCAGUCAUCAAACUUAAUGAAACAUCAGCGAGUUCACACUGGUGAGAGACCAUUUGUUUGCCCUGUUUGUGGGAAGGGAUUCAUUCAAUCGCAACACCUGCUAAAGCACCAGCGAGUUCAUGAGAGACUGGACGGGUUGGAUUCUGCCGGUAGUGCUGCUGUGGAACAGCUGAGGGCUAACACUCUGGGCUAAUGUUGAGAUGUGCAAGAGGUGUCCUCUAGCCACCCUCUGUAAUUUCAGAGUCAGGCUGAAGAAUGGGGAGUGCUGAAAACAUGCUGCCAUGUUGGAGGUUGGUUUAAAGCAUUGACCUACCCUGAAUGCUUCAUAUAAAAAGAAUUCCUAUAAUUAUGAUGUGAAGAUGUGACAGGAUUGAGUGUUCCAUGUAGACAAAACACAGAAAUGAUAACCAGUAUUUAUUUUAGUGGGUAGCUCUAUGUAGUAGCAUAGGUAGACAAUAUAGGGAAGUAUGGAUAAAAAGCUGGAGAAGAGGGUGUUAGUUGUAAAGAAGAUGUAGUCAGCAAUCCAAUAUACAUAUGUUAGUUUGGCGCAAGAGGAAUUUCAUGUACGAUUAUACAGGUGUGCAUUUUAGGAAGACUGAGAAUGCUUUGGUGUAGGCAUUACAGUGCUUCUGGUUAUAGAUUAUGGUAAUGUGGAUAGACUGAAAAAGCUGUGUUUGACCUCCUUUGAGCAAAGGCGGCCAAUAAAAGAUUAGCUAUCUUAGUCUGAAUAAAGUCUUAUUGAUUCAUACAAAACAAGUGCUGCCUGUCUAGCUAUUUGCUGCAUUUUCUGUUUUUAUUUCAGAUGUCUAACACUGCAGUAUUUGGCAAUUGCUCUGGAUUAAUUUUUUGUGCAAUUGAACGUACUGACAUCAGUAAAACAGGGAACGUGGUGGGAGUCUAAUUGAGGGAUUCAACAGCUAUCGUAGGGAUGUGCAGAAGCCCAAGCACAACUUCCGGGCUGAAACAGUACAAAGAGAUUGUGUGCUUAUACAUAUUAAGAGAUAUGAGGGAGUAAAUUGCAGAUUGGAAUCUAAAUUGAAUGGAUUAGGUUUUUAUGGAAAAUAAGGGGAUGUGUUGCAGGCUUAAAUCCAUUCUAGAGAUUUAGCGUUUAUACUGGGGAGUAAUUCCUUUGGACAGAUGGUGAAUAUUUGGAGGACGCGAUGGAGGCAGACACAAUUACAAUGUUUAAAAAGGUGUUUUGACAGGUGAGAAAGCAUAGCGGAAUAUGGGCUGAAUAAUGGCAAAGUGGACUAUCAUAUGUAACAUCACAGUUGGCACGCUGAAGUGAGCCAAAAGGACCCAUUGCUGCACUCUACAAUUCUAUAUUGUGAAUAAAGUUCAUUUAUACACUUUCAUCUAUCGAGACCCAAUACUUGUAGAUGACGAGAUGAGGGUUUACUCUGUUGCUGAUGAGCUGCAGAUGUGAAUAAUGGUGGUGCAUCGAUGUGACUUGUUUUGAAGUAGGUAGCACAGAGUAAUGGAGCAUUGGUUAUACAGAAUAGAGAACUUUAUGUUUUGGUAAUUAGAAUAAUUUUAAGGAUUUUAAGGGUUGUUCAUUUUUUCUAGAUUUAGUUGAAUGUUGCUUUUGGCUUUUAACUUUAACAUAAAUUAGUAGGGGCAUAUAAGAAACUCUUAGAUAGGCACAUGGAUGAUAGAAAAAUGGAGAGCUAUGUAGGAGGGAAGGGUUAGAUUGAUCUUAGAGUAGGUUAAAAUGUGGCACAACACAUUCUAUGUUCUUUGCUUAUAGUUUCUUUCACAACGAUAUUGCCUAUUGUGGAAAAUUGCAGAGUUAAAUUGGUGGUUACCUCUAAUUACUGUCAGCAUCAGCUAACUCAGAUCUUUGGAAAUGUUCAUAGAUGGCUUUUACUAUUACAUUGGAAUGAAUAAUAUGGAGUCCAGAGCCACAGAAUACUGUGUUCACUGCCUAUUAAACUCAGGAUUUGGACUUGGGGUAGAGGGUGGAAUAUAAACAAAAUGGAAGAAAGAGGUCCCAUGUUUGUACUUUAAAGAAAUGUCAUUGUGGAGCUGUAGCACAGCUAGUAAAGUGGCUGCCUCACAGCCAGUGACUUGCGUACACUGCUGACUAUGUGGUGUUUCUUUAUCCCUGUAAUCAUCUCGCUGUACUUUCCUCCCUCAUUCCAAAGUGGUGCUGAUUACCCAACCACUAUAAAUUACCCGGAAUAUAAAUAGUAGACCAUGAUGGGGUGGGCAGCGCAUGGGACAAAUACAUAAAUCCUGCAAAUAAAAGCAUGAAACUGGCUGUUUAAUGGUUGACAUGGACACAGUGAGUGGUGCAGUUUACCUUCAUGACUCGGUAUUGAAUUCAUAAAAAACACCUGAGGCAGCAAAUCAAAUCUUGAGCUUGAUAAAUGGACAAGAAUCAGUGACAUUAUUGGGUGGCAAGAAACUAAAUGACAGGUGAGCAAUACAGCAUUGUAAAAGUUUUAAUACCUUAAGAUUAACUAGACCAAAUUAUAAUUUAAAAUUUAGAAGUAUGUAGGUAGUAAUAAUUUACAACAGACAUUGGUGAUGCUGUAGUGAUGCAACUGGCAGAGUUGUUGCAUCAGAUCCAGCAACCCGGGUUCAAUCCUGACCUUUGGUGUUGUCUGUGUAGUCUUUCCCUGUUCUCUCUGUGACUGUGUGGAUUUCCUGGAGAUGCUCUGGUUUCCUCUUGAAUCUCAAAGACAUGCAGGUUGAUAGGUAUAGGCAUCCGUUAGUCUCAUGAGACCAUGGAUUUGCGCCUUGGAAAGUUGCCAGGGUGCAGGCCUGGGCAAGGUUGUAUGGAAGACCAGCAGAUGCCCAUGCUGCAAGUCUCCCCUCUCCACGCCACUGAUGUUGUCCAAGGGAAGGGCAUUAGGACCCAUACAGCUUGGCACUGGUGUCAUUGCAGAGCAAUGUGUGAUUGAGUGCAUUGCUCAAGGACACACACGCUGCCUCAGCCAAGGCUCGAACUAGCGACCUUUAAAUCAGUAAACAAACGCCUUAACCAUUUGGCUACGCGCCAACACACUUGAUAGAUUAAUUGGCCAGUAUAAUUUGUCCCAGGUGUGUAGGAGCUGGUAAAAUAGUAGUAGAAUCUGGGGGCAUUCAUGAGAAAAUUAUAAAAUUUGAUCAUUUUCACUUUCUGAUAAAAUAAGGUCAGAGUAACUGGGUGAUGGAUGGUGUAAGCUAAAGGGCACAUUUCCUUGCUUCAUUCCUCUAUGACAUUGCACUGCUGGUAUUGUUUUGUUCCUUUGACAUGUUGGAGUUGGUGAACAUGGCAGUGAAUGUACUGAAGACACAUCGAUAGUAAGUUUCUGCAGUUCAAGGAAUUUCCAGUUGACCAACAAGAGUCUGAGCUUCAGAUUGUGAGCACUACAAAGAAUGGAAAAACUUAACUGUACAACUUGUUUCAAGAAGCAGCCAUACUCCUUUGGUUAAGUACUGCUGAUAUGGUCAGUGGCUAGGGUCAGGAAAGGUUUAUGUUUAACUUCUACAGAUGUACUGUUGAAAGUGUCCUAACAUGUUCUGGUGUAGCAAUUCAAAUGAGCAGGAACAUAAGAAGCUGCAAAGAGCAGAGGACUCUGCCCAAUACAUCACAAGCACGACAUCAGCCCAUCAUCGGAGGGGCGGGAGCAUCGAUCAUUGAAGACCCAGCAUUCCAGGCCAUGCCAUCUUUUUGCAGCUACCAGUGGGCGGGAGGUAUAGAAGCCUGAAAUACCACAUCAACAUAGAGUCAUAGAGCAAUACAACACAGGAACAGGCCCUUCUGCCCAUCUGGUCUUUGCUAAGCACGACAUCCUUCCUGCUAGUUCUUUUUUGUAACAAUUGUUUUUAAUGUAUGUUUUAUUUUAUAAAUGCUGCUUAUAUGAUGCUAUGUGCCUGUGAUGCAGCUGAAAGUAAGU